AUUCACUGUGCAGUAAACCCAGCUCCAUUUCCAGGUAUCGAGCAGCCCGUCUCUCAAGUCAUGGCUUCCUCCGGCUUUGACCCUUAUUUUCCUUCGUCUUACAAGAGGAGGGUAGUUGUGCGCAGCACAGGAUAUGGAGCAGGUGGAGGAAUCGGAUCGAGGUCCGCUUACUCCACCCAGUCUGCUCCAUUUACUUCCUAUGCAUCUUCACGCAGAAACUACCCAACCUACACCCGAGCUUCCUCCAGCUACUCCACCGUCCUCGCUGCCCCAGUGCCUGCAGUGGCCACCGAGCUCCGCCUUGACCAAGCAGCUCAAGUUAGUUCUGAGUUUAAGGCGAUAAGGACCCAGGAGAAGGCGGAGCUGCAAGACCUGAAUGACCGCUUCGCAAGCUUCAUCGAGAGAGUCCAUGAGCUGGAGCAGCAGAACAAGCUGCUGGAGACGGAACUCCUGCUCCUCAGGCAGAGGCAGACGCAGCCAUCCAACCUCCGGGCCCUGUACGAGCACGAGAUCCGCCAGCUCCAGGCUGCUGUCGAAGAGGCCCGCCAUGAAAAGCAGGCAGCCGAGGACCACCGUAGUGAGAUGGAGGACGUGCUGAAGAAUCUGCAAAACCGCUAUGAAGACGAAAUCCUUGGCAGAGAGGAAGCAGAGGGCAGGCUCAUGGAUGCCAGGAAGGGAGCAGACGAAGCUGCGAUGGGGCGGGCCGAGCUUGAGAAAAGAGUGGGGAACCUGCUGGAUGAGCUGGCCUUCCUGAAGCGCCUCUGUGAGAGUGAAAUUGCUGAGCUUCAAGCCCAAAUCCAAUACAGCGCAGAGGUGUCAGUGGAAAUGGAAGUCGCCAAGCCGGACCUCUCCGCCGCCCUCCGUGACAUUCGAGCUCAGUAUGAGAAGCUGGCACAUCGCAACCUUCAGUCAGCCGAAGAAUGGUUCUGCGACAAGAUGAAUGUGGUGACAGUGGCCAGCGCCCGAAACACAGAGAGCGCACGCAGUGCCAAAGAUGAAGCUGGAGAAUAUCGUCGGCUGCUCAAAGCCAGAACGCUGGAGAUUGACUCCUGCCGUGAGAUGAACCAAGCUCUGGAAAACCAGCUGCAGGACAUAGAGGAGAAACAGAGUGCAGAGAUAUCUGCACUGCAGGAUACAAUAAGCCAACUGGAGGAUGAGUUAAGGGCAAACAAAAAUGACAUGGCUCGAUACCUGAAAGACUAUCAAGACCUCUUGAAUGUGAAAAUGGCUCUGGACAUUGAAAUUGCGGCAUACAGGAAGCUUCUUGAAGGGGAGGAGAAUCGUUUGAGCGCUACAGGACCGGGAUCUGUCUCUGUGUACUCCCAGUCCAUGUACGCCGCUCCAUCCUACGGAAGAAGUCAGGCGUCCUCGCAGUCUCUGUUGAGCUCUGCGGUUCCGUAUCCGCUGAGCUCCCGCUUGUACACUUCAUCGCUCUCCACAGAGGAGACCGUAUCCGCAAGUCAAGCACAGCAGGCAGAGGCCUGCCCUCCUGAAGAGGAAGAGGAGGGAGGAGAGGAGGAAGAGCAGGAGGAAGAGGAAGAGAAGGGGGGAGAAGAGGAAGCAGAGGGAGAUGAGAAAGAGGAUGAGGAGGGAGAGGAAGAGGAGGAGCAGGGAGAGGAUGGAGAGGAAGAGGGAGAGGGAGAGGUAGAAAAAGAGGAAGACAAAGAAGAAGAGGGAGAAGAAGAAGCUGACGAAGAAGGUGAGGCAGAAGAAGGAGAAAAAGAAGAUGAGGGGGAGGAAGGAGAGGAGAGCCAAACUCAAGAUGAGGAAGAUGCUGGGGAGCAAAAAGAAGAAGAAGAAGAAGGUGAUGAUGAAGAGGGUGAGAAGAAGGAGGAAGACACUGAGAAAGAAGAGGAGGCGCAACCCGAGGAGAAAAAUGGGAAAACCACCGAUAAAAAAGUGUAAAUGUAGCCGUUUUGAAAUACACCUGUGAGCCUAGUUACUGUUCCGAACCCUCCGGUGCUCUAAGCUGAGACGUCUCAUUCAAAACAAAGGAAACAUUCUUGAAUUCCAAAGUGCUUUUGAACCUAGCCUCUGUAUGAUCACCUUGAGUGACUGAAAGCAUGAAUACACACUGUAACAGCAAAGAAAUCAAACUAUGUAAAAAUCUAAAGAUGAAUACAGAACAUGUCAGGAGGAGAAAUUCUGCUUCGUGAAGACUUGUAU